AUGCCUCCGAAAGCCUCAAAAUCGAAGGAGGCGCCGGCGGAGCGCCCGAUCCUCGGGCGAUUCUCAUCUCAUCUCAAGAUCGGCAUAGUUGGAUUGCCUAAUGUCGGGAAAUCGACUCUUUUCAAUACCCUGACGAAGCUGUCCAUACCCGCUGAGAACUUCCCUUUCUGCACCAUUGAACCUAACGAGGCUCGGAUUAAUGUUCCCGACGAGAGGUUCGAUUGGCUUUGCCAAUCUUUCAAGCCGAAAAGCGAGGUUUCCGCAUUUCUUGAAAUCCAUGAUAUAGCUGGACUCGUUAGAGGUGCUCACGAAGGACAAGGGUUGGGCAACAAUUUCUUGUCACAUAUCCGUGCUGUUGAUGGCAUCUUCCAUGUCCUACGCGCAUUUGAAGAUUCAGACAUUAUCCAUGUUGAUGACUCAGUGGAUCCUGUCAGAGAUCUGGAAACUAUAGGGAUAGAGUUGCGACUAAAGGAUGUUGAAUUCAUGGAGAGGAGGAUUGAGGAUAUUGAAAAGAGCAUGAAGAGGAGCAAUGACAAGCAGUUGAAGAUAGAGCUCGAGUUGUGCCAAAGGGUCAAGGCAUGGCUUCAGGAUGAGAAAGAUGUGCGCCUUGGAGACUGGAAAGCUGCUGAUAUUGAGAUAUUGAAUACUUUUCAGUUGCUCACUGCCAAGCCUGUUGUUUACUUGGUAAACAUGAAUGAGAAAGACUACCAGAGGAAAAAGAACAAGUUCUUGCCGAAGAUUCAUGCUUGGGUGCAGGAACAUGGUGGUGAAACCAUGAUUCCUUUCAGCUGUGUGUUAGAGAAGAAUCUGACUGAUAUGCCACCAGAUGAAGCUGCUAAGUAUUGUGAGGAGAACAAGGUACAAAGUGCUCUUCCUAAAAUCAUAAAGACCGGCUUCUCUGCGAUCAAUCUCAUUUACUUCUUCACUGCUGGGCCUGAUGAGGUGAAAUGUUGGCAAAUCAGACGACAGACAAAGGCACCUCAAGCAGCAGGGGCAAUCCAUACUGAUUUUGAGAAAGGGUUUAUAUGUGCUGAGGUCAUGAAAUUCGAGGACUUGAAGGAACAUGGCACUGAGUCAGCCGUCAAGGCUGUUGGGAAGUACAAACAAGAGGGGAAAACAUAUGUUGUCCAAGAUGGAGACAUAAUUUUCUUCAAGUUCAAUGUCUCUGGAGGUGGAAAGAAGUGA